AUGGGUAGUAAAUUAGUCGAAGCAGAUCUGUGUGGUGGUGUGAUACAGAUCGAUGUGGGAGAAUCCAAAACUCCAUUUGACGUUCACUUGGAGCUCCUGUGUACAUGUUCUCCGUACUUUGAAAGCCAGUUUCAAAAACGUUUCGAGGAAGCCAUCCCAGAGUCAUUCAUUCAUUUCCCCGACGAUGAUCCGCAAGUCUUUGCCCAAGUCAUCAUGUGGAUGUACCGUGGCAGCGGUGCUCUCCAGGUACUUGAAAAUAAGAAACUGGACUUUUUGGCUAGGCUAUGGAUUUUGGCCGAAAAACUCCAAAUGACAGACUUGGAGAAUUGGAUGAUGGCCAUCUGUCAUCAAAGAGUUAAAGAAACACCAGCGAACUUUGUGGGCAAAGAGACAGUCAGUUACAUCUAUGCCCACGCCUUGCCUGAAUCUCCACUUCGACGCUUGGUAGUGGAUAUAUGGGUGCGAACUGCCACUCCGGAGUAUUUUCAAAAGGAAAAAGAAGGAUUGCCGCGCCAAUUUCUGGAAGAGGUUUGCGCCGAGUUGAUUGGGCAAAGGGGAGCUACCAAACUGGCCCCCAUUCAGCCACCAGCCCCGAAAAGUUCUUCUCCGGCUUCCUCCCGGCCUUUGGCAGAUCAUCGUGAUGGUUCUGGACCAGAUCGAGAUCCUACUGAAACCAAGCGUAAUGCCGGCCAGGAAACGAUGAAUUCAAGCAAGCCAAAAAUUCAAAAUCCUAGUGAAAUCAGGUCUAAUGCCAGUGAGCAAACGAUGAAUUCGAGCAAGCCAAAAAUUCAAAACUCUACUGAAGUCAGGCGCAAUGCCAGUGAGGACUGGAUUUUUUCGAGCAAGCCUAAAGCUCAAGACCCUAGUGAAAUCAGGUAUAAUGCCAGUGAGGACAGGAUGAAUUCGAGGAAGCUUAAAAUUCCCCACUCGCGUGCAAAGCCCAAGCCAAGAGUACUACUGCCUUCUGCCUCCCCUGAACUUCCUCAAUCGCCCGUUGAUACUCAGGUCCUUGCUGAAUCCUACCAAAGUGAAUGUCUAGGACUAGUUGAUGUAAUCAAACUUUGA